GUGAUUUAGUAGUUGUCCCAUGUUCUGUCUGGGUGAUUUAGUAGUUGUCCCAUGUUCUGCCUGGAUGUAUAGACAGAUGAUUAGUAGUUGUCCCAUGUUCUGCCUGGGUGUAUAGACGGAUGAUUAGUGUUUGUCCCAUGUACUGUCUUGGUGAUUUAGUAUUUGUCCCAUGUUCUGCCUUGGUGUAUAGACGGAUGAUUAGUAGUUGUCCCAUGUUCUGCCUGGGUGUAUAGACGGAUGAUUAGUAGUUGUCCCAUGUUCUGCCUGGGUGUACAGACGGAUGACGGUGAGGACGACCUGAAGAAGGGCACCCAGCUCUUGGAGAUCUAUGCUCUGGAGAUCCAGAUGUAUACGGCCCAGAAGAACAACAAGAAGCUGAAGGCCCUUUAUGAACAGUCUCUACACAUCAAGUCUGCCAUCCCUCACCCUGUCAUCAUGGGAGUCAUCAGAGAGUGUGGAGGUAAAAUGCAUUUGAGAGAAGGGGAGUUUGAGAAGGCUCACACAGACUUCUUUGAGGCGUUUAAGAACUACGAUGAAUCAGGAAGUCCUCGACGGACCACCUGUCUAAAGUACCUGGUGUUGGCCAACAUGCUGAUGAAGUCUGGAAUCAACCCCUUUGACUCACAGGAGGCUAAACCCUAUAAAAAUGAUCCAGACAUCCUCGCAAUGACUAACUUGGUCAGUUCCUACCAGAACAAUGACAUCACAGAGUUUGAGAAGAUCCUGAAGACCAAUCACAGUAACAUAAUGGAUGAUCCGUUCAUAAGAGAACAUAUAGAAGAGUUAUUACGAAAUAUAAGGACGCAAGUGCUUAUCAAAUUAAUCAAGCCUUACACGAGAAUUCACAUACCUUUUAUUUCCAAGGAAUUAAACAUCUAUGUCUGCGACGUGGAAAGCCUGCUAGUUCAAUGCAUUCUCGACGGCACGAUCAACGGACGCAUCGACCAAGUCAACCAACUGUUGGAGUUGGAUCACCAGAAGAGGAACGGAGCCCGAUACAUGGCUUUAGAUAAAUGGACGAAUCAGCUGAAUACUCUCAACCAGGCCAUCGUCAGCAAACUGGCCUAAUCAGUAGUGUAACUGAAAAAGUUACUAAUUCGAUGUUGGGGGAGGGGUAUAUCAACAUGAGUAGUGAGUUAACCCAAUUCGCCUCAUUUACCGUAGCAGUAAGCUUCCUUUUCAAGAUGACAGUAAUAAACUGCUGAUCUCCACAGCUUCCAAUAUCUAACUUACAGUCACUUCCUGUUAUGUAACGGAUCAUUUAAAGGUAGAAGUCAGAGGUGCCAGUUGCCCAGCUUGUGUUUGUUGGCCUCGGUCCACUCUACUGGUCACAGAUUAAUAGUUCUGAACUAAGGAGCUCAAUCAGUGUUUUUAUUUUUUAUUUUUUUUUAGGAGUCAAACUCCUCUUAAUCUGUGGGAAACCGGUCCCUAAGUGUCCCAAAACCAACAGAGAGAAGACUGUAAAAUCCAUUUGCUAUCGUGAAACAUGUCCGCUCUGCCACAGUAUUGCACCCCUUCUAAUGAAAUGUGAAUACGCAAAUGUAUUGAAGCACUAAUGAUGGUGAGCGGGGACAACGUUUCAUGUCAAAAUCGGCAAUGACUUUUUCUGCAAGAUGUCCAGUGAUCGCUGUACAGUCUUUCAUAAAAGGGAGCUCCAGAUUUCAUGUGGUACAUUGUUGGGACACUGUUAAAAAACACAUUUUAUCUUUUGUUUUGUUACGGAAAUAAAAAGGUAAUUGUUGCUUCACUCUAACUUUUUGUUAUUUUUUUUAUAUAUAUUUUUUUACAAAUCAUGUAGAGCCAGUCGGUGACUGAUCUGUCAGCAACAACCAGGGGUGUAAUGGUGACGUGGGCAUAUCCUAAUUUUGCCAAAAAUGUCCCAAGCCCGUCUGCCCGGCGAAGGAUUAUUUAUUUUCUUUUUGACAAGCAAUGACAUACAGUACGUUCGGAAAGUAUUCAGACCCCUUGACUUUCUUCACAGUUUGUUACCUUACAGCCUUAUUCUAAAAUUGAUUAAAUCAUUUUUUAACUCAUCAAUCUACACACAAUACCCCAUAAUGACAGAUUUGUAUAAUUAUUUUUUAGAAUUCUAAAAAUAAUAAUAAUAACUGAAAUUUAUCAUUUACAUAUGUAUUCAGACCCUUUACUCAGUACUUUGUUGAAGCACCUUUGUCAGCGAUUACAGCCUCGAGUCUUCUUUGGUAUGACACUACAAGCUUGGCACACCUGUAGUCCAGGUGCGACACAACUUGGGCCUGUAGGACCUGCCUUGAUGAUAGUGUUGUUAAGAAGGUAGAAACUAUGGCCUGUAGGACCUGCCUUGUUGAUAGUGAUGUUAAGAAGGUAGAAACUAUGGCCUGUAGGACCUGCCUUGUUGAUAGUGAUGUUAAGAAGGUAGAAACUAGGGCCUGUAGGACCUGCCUUGUUGAUAGUGUUGUUAAGAAGGUAGAAACUAGGGCCUGUAGGACCUGCCUUGUUGAUAGUGUUGUUAAGAAGGUAGAAACUAGGGCCUGUCGGCCCUGCCUUGUUGAUAGUGUUGUUAAGAAGGUAGAAACUAGGGCCUGUAGGACCUGCCUUGUUGAUAGUGUUGUUAAGAAGGUAGAGCAUCACUUUAUUAUGGACAGACUUCUCCCCAUCUUAGCUACUGUUGUAUCAAUAUGUUUUGACCAUGACCGUUUACAAUCCAGGGUUACACCAAGCAGUUUUGUCACCUCAACUUGCUCAAUUUCCACAUUAUUCAUUAUGAGAUUUAGUUGAGGUUUAAGGUUUAGUGAAUGAUUUGUCCCAAAUACAAUGCUUUUAUUUUUGGAAAUAUUUAGGACUGACUUAUUCCUUGCCACCCACUCUGAAACUACCUGCAGCUCUUUGUUAAACGUUGCUGUCAUUUCAGUCGAUUUAGCUGACGUGUAUAGCAUUGUAUCUGGUCAAACACAACGUUUUCCAGAAGUUUGCUAAGGGUUGGUAACAGGCUGAUUGGUCGGCCAUUUGAGCCAGUUAAGGGUGCUUUAACUAUUCUUCAGUAGCGGAAUGACUUUAGCUUCCCUCCAGGCCUGAGGAACCCUUUCCUGAAGGCUGAAAUUGAAGAUGUGGCAAAUAUCAUCCAAUAUUAUCCUCAGUCAUUUUCCAUCCAGGUUGUCAAACACUCGUUGGCUUGUCAUUCUUUGAUAGACAAAUGUUUUUCACCUCUUCCACACUCACUUUACGGAAUUCAAAAUGUCAAUGUUUGUCUUUCAUAAUUUGGUCAGAUAUACUUGGAUGUGUAGUGUCAGCGUUUGUUGUUUGCAUGUUAUGCCUAAAUUUGCUAAUCUUGCCAAUAAAAAAAUAA